UGUGUGUGUGACAGAGAGACUGUACAGGAGCAAGAAUGAGGAACCUGCUUUACAGAUUCGCAGACAAACCUGUUUUAAACUCAAACGUGUGUUUGUCACUCAAACACAAAUCCAGGAAAAUAGUUCAACUCAUCAGUUUAGGGAAAGAGAAACUGAAGUGUAGUUGAGCUGUUGUGUGUUUGUCUCUGUAUUCAUGCAGUAAAAUGGCAGAGGCAGAUUUCUUGUGUCCAGUGUGUCUGGAUCUCCUGAAGGAUCCAGUGGCCAUUCCCUGUGGACACAGUUACUGUAAGAGCUGUAUUACAGGCUGCUGGGAUCAGGAGGAUCAGAUGAGAGUCUACAGCUGCCCUCAGUGCAGACAGACCUUCAGUCCAAGACCUGCUUUACUUAGAAUCACCAUCUUAGCUGAAGUGGUGGAGAAACUGAAGAAGACCAAACUUCCUGCUGACUGUUACGCUGGAGCUGGAGAUGUGCAGUGUGACGUCUGUACUGGAACAAAAUACAAAGCCAUCAAGUCCUGUCUGGUGUGUCUGAACUCUUACUGUCAGAAUCACCUUGAACAACAUGAGAGUUUCUUUAAAGGAAAGAGACACAAUUUGACUGAUGCCACUGGACGACUGCAGGAGAUGAUCUGCCAGAAACAUCAGAAGAUCCUUGAGGUUUUCUGUCGCACUGAUCAGAAAUGUAUAUGUGUGCUGUGUACGAUUAGUGAACAUAAAAACCAUGACAUUGUAUCAGCUGAAGAACAGAGGACAGAGAAACAGAAGCAGCUGAAGGAGACGCAGAAGACGUUCCAGCAGAGAAUCCAGCAGAGAGAGAAAGAUCUUCAGCAGCUGAGAGAGGCUGUGGAGUCUCAUAAGCGCUCUGCACAGACAGCAGUGGAGGACAGUGAGAGGAUCUUUACUGAGCUCAUCCGCUCCAUUGAGAGAAGCCGCUCUGAGCUGAUACGACUGAUCAGAGAUCAGGAAAAGCGAGCGGUGAGUCGAGAUGAAGAACGACUGGAGCGACUGGAGCAGGAGAUCAAUGAUCUGAGGAGGAGAGACACUGAGCUGGAGCAGCUUUCACACACACAGGAUCACAUCCAGUUCCUGCAGAGUUUCCAGUCUCUCUCAGCACCUCCUGAAUCUACAGACAUAAAUGACGAUCCCUUCAUUUCUCUCGUCUCUUUUGAUGGUCUGAGAGAAUCUGUCCAUCAGCUGAAAGACAAACUGAAGGAUUUCUGCAAAGAGGAGCUCAAGAAGAUCUCAGACAGAGCCACAUUCACCAGGACCAGGAAGGAGUUUCUACAAUAUUCCCAUCAGCUCACUCUGGAUCUGAACACAGUGAAUAAACGCCUCCGUCUGUCUGAGAACAACAGAGUGAUUACUAACACUGGCACAGAUCAGUCGUAUCCUGAUCAUCCCGACAGAUUUGAUGAGUAUUUUCAGGUGUUGUGUAGAGAGAGUGUGUGUGGACGCUGUUACUGGGAGAUUGAGUGGAGUGGAGAUGAUGGUGUGUUUAUAUCAGUGUCAUAUAAGAGCAUCAGCAGGAAGGGAGAUGAUGAGUGUUUGUAUGGAUAUAAUGAUCAGUCCUGGAGUUUGUACUGCACUCCCUUCAGUUUCUCAUUCAUACACAAUAACACAGAGACUGAUCUCCCUGUAAAGUCCAUCAGCAGUAGAACAGGAGUGUUUGUGGAUCACAGUGCAGGAACUCUGUCCUUCUACAGCGUCUCUGACACAAUGAGCCUCAUCCACACAGUCCAGACCACAUUCACUCAGCCGCUCUAUCCUGGGUUUUAUGUUUUUUCUGAUUCAUCAGUGAAACUGUGUUGAUGAAUUAGAACAGAUUGAUGAGAGAUUCUACCCAUAAUGCUUUGAGCUGAUGAAUCAGUAACAGUGAGAUGUUAUAGAGUCUCUUCUUUUCUCUUCAUGACAUUAAUACUGCAGUCAGAAUAAAUGUUUGUAAUCAUAGAGACAAUAAGAUCAGUGUGUGUGUGUGAAUCCUGCUUAGUGACCAUGUGUUUCUUUGCUUUUCUCAACCUCUGUUUGUGUUGAUGAAAGUCAGAUAUUUAGUUAUUAUUGUAGUUUCAUAUUUGUUUAUUAUUACUAUCAAAAUGACUUUUUAAUUCAAAUGAUCAGAGACAGUCAAUAAAUUAUUUUCAUUAUUCACCUUAUGUUGCCCCAUUUCAGAAAAAUGUUCCAUGAAUGAUGUAUAAAUGGUGUUUUUGUGCCAGCAUUUUGAAAACACCCUGAAAAGAUUUUUGUAUCCUGGGGGCCACAGACAUUUGAGGAAUGUUGAAAUGGUGUUUAUUGUUAAUAUUUAGAUCGGAUGACUUUAUUUGUACAUUCUUUGUUUUCUUUAC